GCUAGCAAUCGAUACGCCACGCUUAUAUCGUCAUAUUUUCCUGGGUCGCAGCUAAAGUAAACCCUCACUAACGCCGACAGGCGUUUAAAUAACAAAACAGGGAUAGAAAUCUUAUCUUCAGCUUUAUGUUAUUGCACCUGUUGGCGAAAUGCAGUCCGAGUACGAAGCCGACAUCAUCGUGGAGGCGAUAGAGGUGCUGGUGAACCACAUUUUGUAUGUGCGAGGUAUAUACCCCGCGCACAUAUUCAAAAAAAAGCGAAUGUACAAUACACCGGUCUUUGUCUCCAUCUUCCCGCCGCUCAAUAACUACCUCACCGGCGUUUUGAGAUCCGCUCAGGAAUUGCUUCGCCGCCGGGAGCUGCAGUGCCUGGAGCUGAUAGUGUACCAGAAGGAAAGUGAGCAGUUGGAGAGCUACAAAAUGUCACCUGAACCCCGGGGGGAAGGCCAAUUGGCAGAUGAUCAUUUAAUGGAGUUCGAGCAGAAAAUGCGCUUUGCCCUCUACCAGAUAUCCGAAAGAAUGAACCAGGCACGCAAAUAUGCUGCAGGAAGCUGUCAGUUUAAAAUCCACCUGCACACGACGCAGGAGGCGUUCAUUCGCUUCAGCCACGAACCCCAGUACCAAGAGUUUCCUUGGCUCCUAGCGCAGAAUUUAGAAUUAAAGUCACAAACUGUUUCCUUGUUGCCCUUGGCUUUGGUAGAGACUGUGGGACUGAAAUUGGAGGCACUCAUUGUUAACUAAUUUUAAACUUCCAGAUAAUCGUUAUAUAUAAAAUAAAAAUGUUAUAAGAAUUAGAUUUUAUUUAUAUUAUAUAGUCUAGCUGGUCGCAUUUAUAAAUCGUACGGUAGUUCUAAAAUAAUAAUAGGCCUUUUGAAAUAAUUGCUCCCCGCUUGAUUCAAAAAAUUUAAUCUUACUUUACCAAUAAAGUUUUAGGAUUACUGCAAAAGCACUCUA